AUGGCGCUCUGCGCCAACCCCGAGCGCACGACGAUCCUGGCGAAGCUGCCGGACCAGGUGCAGACUGGUGGCCCGGGCGCCGCGAGCGGCGAGCCGCGAGCCAGUGGUGGGGCCGCUGCGGGAGGCAGCCGUCGCACCGAAGGAGGAGGCACCGUCGACGACGGAGCAGCGGCGGCGCCGGAGGACCGGGGGAAGCACCCCCGGGUCUACAUUCCCGUGCCGGAGUCCCCGCCGUCGCCAUCGGCGGUGGCGGUGUUCCCGGUGUUGGAGCCGCGCCUCGUUCAGAUAGGGCCCGAUCCGGCGCCUGGAGAACGCGUGGCGGCCCCGCCGAGCCCCCGGCGGAAGAGGAGAAGGGUCGACUCCGGGUCGGCGCUGGCGGGCCCGGAGCCGCCUACGGGCGCCCCCGAGGCUCGAGAAGCGCCGGCGCCGGCGCUAGCACCCGAACCAAGCCGGCCGGCGGAGCCGGGGCAGGCAGGCGCGGUGAUGGAGGCGGGGACGGCGGAAGCGGCGGCCGUGCCAAGGAAGUAG